AAGAGCAGCAGGGAGACGGCAUGGCGGCCGCGGGGCUGAAUGGAGACGCGGCACCCGCAGAUGUGGAGGUUCUACUGCACCCGGAGCUGCUCUCUCAGGGCUUCCUGGAGCUGCUGCUGAACCAGAGGAACGUCCCGACCGGCGGGUGUGGGAGCAGCAGGGACCGACUCACGCAGCUGUACCUGCGGACCGUCAUGCCGCUGCCGCAGCGGAGUCUACCCGAGAACCGCUGGGGCCGGAGGAUGGAGGGGAGCCGCGGCAGGCGCGCUCCCGCCGGCGGACACGCGCCUGGGAGCUCCAGCAACGACCACGGCAGGAAACGGCCCCUGAUCGUGUUCGACGGGAGCUCUUCUCUCUCCGCUCCGCUGAAAGUGAAGAAAGCGGAGGGAAGGAGCGCGCCGACGGAGAGGUUGAAACCUCCUCCGGCGGCAGAUCUGUCCAACCCCAUCCGCAAACUCUCCAGCAGCUCCUCGUCCUCCUCUUCCUCGUCCACGCAUCCCGGCGCCGAGAAGGGAAACCUCAAGAGGGAAGAAAGCGCUUCGGGUGCGCUCCAGUCUCCGGAGGUGAAGAAGAAGAUCCAGCACGUGACGUGGCCGUGACCCCGGACCCCCGACCUCCGACGGGAGCUCCGCCUCCGGCCGGCAGGUCCCGCUCCUCUCUCCGCGUCUCCUACGGAUCUCACCAGCCUCGUCACGGUUCCCAAACCUCAACGGUUCCCAGAAACGCGUCGACGUUCAUCGAGUUCCACCUGAGCGUUUUCUGAUCACGACCGACCGCCCGCCGCGGCUCAGGAGAUCGUCCCGCUCGCCGAAGACUCGGGGCUUCCUCGUCUCCACGACCGUCAAGUGCUCUUCCCAUCACCUUCAUCCUCCGUUUGGUUCUUCAUCCAGGAACUUGAUACCAACGACAGUUGUGUUAAAGUUCAACCCGUUCGGUCGAGUUUUAAAUAACCGGCCGGAUGUUAAACGGACGAGUCGAGACGAAUCCUGAAGACGGAGAUGCAUGAAGUGUCACGAGACGAUUCCUCACACCUUCGUAGAUGUUUGUUGUUUUUAAGAAGAAGAAAAAAACCACUAAACUGACUUAGUAAUCGUGGAUAGUCUUGGAUCUUUUUAGGAUCUGAAACCUGGGUUGUUGUGUUUGUUUUUUUAACCACAUCUCACCAGUUAUUCAGGGUUUUUGAUCAUUAGUUUGGUGCGUUAUCGUGAUUGUUUGCCGAUAACCUGGACAUGAAUGACGGUGAAGUUGGAAACUCGCAUUCAGAUAUUUGAAUGUCGCCCUUUAAUAAUUCAGACGGAUGAAAUGAAGUGGGUGGGUUAUUACUUCUGUUGAUGAAUCAUCUACGAGGACAAAGUUCACCACGAACACACAAUAACAAGUGUUUGGGUUGAUUGUGUUUGUACCAACAGCUUUUUUUAAGAAU